AUGACGACACCUGGUGAAAGCCGCAAGGAAGCCAUGCGUCAGAAGUUGCAGAGACCGUCCUUAACAACUCCUAAACAACAUCUGAAAUUAGGAUGCUGGAAUGUAAGAACUAUGUAUCAAAUAGACAAGACAGCAAACAUUGUGAGGGAAUUUAAGAGCUACAAUAUCAAUGUCGUGGGCAUCAGUGAAAUGCGCUGGACUGGUUUUGGAGAAGUGAAAACAACAACUGGGGAAACAAUACUUUAUUCAGGGUCUGACAACUCACACCAUCAUGGAGUAGGCCUUAUACUAGACAAAACCAGCAGAGAAAGCAUGAUAACAUGGAAACCAGUCAAUGACAGAAUCAUAAGUGCACGAUUCUUCUCAAAGUUUGUUAAACUAACAGUUAUACAAAUUUACAGUCCAACAAAUGAUAGCAAUGACGAUGAAAAGGACACUUUCUAUGAGUAA